CGUUACAGACGCACACCGGACGCCACAGAUAUUGUGAUGGCGCACGCAUAGAACAGAAAAAUAAGGUCCAUUUUGUAUUUGUUAUACGAAGUAAUCUGUGGGAGUGUAUCAUGUUUUACUGUUCCUAUGUUAGUAUACACUAUAUUAUCUGUGAAUGCGGCGAUACUUUCCCAACGGAAGAUGAAUUGAAGGAGCAUCUUAAAACAGAACACAAUAAUAAAUUGAGGAUAGAAAGAAACGAAUAUAGAUGUGACACGUGCGACAAGAUCUUCGGCAGUGAGAAGGCCUGUCUGAUUCACCAGCGAGUCCACACGAACCCUCGACUUCGACGUGACCGCGAACUCGACAAGAAAAAAUAUUAUACACUCAAGAAUAUCGUGUGUGAAGUGUGCGGCAAACAAUAUGCUUCGAACGCUGCUCUGCGCUACCACCAGCGAGUCCACACCGGGGAGAGACCAUACCGCUGCUCCAUGUGUCCGAAAAGUUUCACUAUGCCCCUGUUCCUACAGAUUCACACUCGAACUCACACAGGGGAGAGACCUUAUGAAUGUCAACACUGUCCGAAGGCGUUUAGCAACAAGGCAGCCUUAUUAAGACAUGACAGGGUCCACACCGGUGUAAAGCCGUAUGAGUGUCCUCAGUGCGGUAAAUUCUUUACUCAGUCUAAUUCUAUGAAGCUCCAUGUGAGAACGGUGCACCUUAAACUGCCAGCGCCUUACAAGAGUAAGAACAGGAAGGGGAAGUCUAGGAACGCGUCCGCACUGCAGGAGACAUUGGACGGUCUGCACUCUCAGGAGUUUGUGUCUCAAGUGAAGACGGAGCGAGACUAUGAGGAGAUAUAUCAGGAAGACAACUAUCAGGUUUAUCAGAGCGAAGAGAAUCCGUACGGAGAGAUUAAGGUGGAGAGUUCGGAGGUAGAGAUGUAUGACAACGAGGAACAACUGGAAGUGUUGUACGAGGAAGUGUAUGAAGUACAGGAAGUUUAGACCGAGGGCCUGAAGUACAGCAAGUGAAGCACAAACCGUAUGAAGUGAAGUUCAUCUCGGCGUUGAAAUGACUGAAGUCAGAUAGACAUGUAUUCAUAACGAACACAGUUCCGAGUCUUCGUAUUUGUAUAUAAUAUCGUAAGCAGUUGUUCUAUAAAAUGAAUCUGAUAUUCGGAGACGUAAUGUACUGAAUAAUGUUUUUUUUUGAGUUAAAUAAGUUUAUUUAAUAUAUGUGUUCUAUAAAUAAUUUUUUUUAAGUA